AGGGAAUGGAUCUCGCCGACUCAUGAAUGAUAGGACUCAGUAAGACGCCAGACACCUUUCACGACGGAGGUAUAUUCGAGGCAAUCCACAAGUGUAUACGUGCAUAUUAUUAUUGUGUUUAACUAUCUUUAUUAGAUUCCAAGUCAGGAGAACCAAGAAUUGUAAGAAAGCCCUCGACGACGAGCAUCAACGGAUCCAAAUUAAGAACUUGACUGUCUUCCUGAACAGCAACAUCCACAAGCAACAUGGGCAGGUGUAGCACACUGGUGCUGUAUUUCAUAGCUGUGAUUGUCAUGAUGGGCGCAGGUGCCCUGAUUGGAGCCUUGUGCGUUUGGUAUUUGGCACCCAGAGAAGCGGCCGCUCCCGCGCACGGGAUCCAGGAAGUCCGGAACGCCCUCUGUGUCUUCAACAGUGGCAAUAUCUAUGGAACGGUUCAUUUGACGGAAGUAGGUGCUAAUCCAGACAACGAGCUCACCAUCAAAACCAACAUUACAGGCAUUCCAGUAGGACUUCAUGGGUUCCACAUUCACCAGUGGGGAGUACCAGCCGAUGGCGACUGCAAGAAAUGUGGGGGUCACUACAACCCCAAAGGCCUCAAGCAUGGGGCCCCCAGCGACUCUGAACGACACGUGGGUGACCUUGGAAACAUCAGAGUGACAUCAACAACUACUGAAAUAGAGAUUGUGGACAGUGAGGCCAGCCUUUGGGGAAGUGACUCCGUUGUAGGUCGAUCAUUUGUCAUACACGAAAAGGAAGAUGACUUAGGAACCAAGGACGACCAAGAAUCAAAGAAAACAGGCAAUGCAGGACAACGCUUAGCAUGUUGCACCAUCUACCUCGUAGAGGCUUGAAGAAUAGACUGAGCAUUCAAGUAUUUUAGCUGGUCACUGACGUAUUUUUACAAAGGUUGACUCAUGAAUAGUUAUCUCAGACUGUUCCUGUUUCAGUACAAAAGAUACCUUAGACAUGUCUUAGGAGAACGUCUCAACUGGGGGUUGAUAGGUCUAAUGUAGAUCUCAGCCCCUUUGUAAUUGCAUUUGUUUUGUUUGACCUUUCUCUCUUUGUUUUAUUUCAUAUAUAUUUUAAUUGAGCAGUGCUUCUUGCCAUAUUAUUUGUGAACUUUGUGUAAUCCAAACGUACGAAGUGACAAUCACUGAACUAAUCUGCGUAACUUUAUUUUAGUACACAAAUUAU